UUCUGGACAUCAAUUGCGUAUAUAAACCCAGCUCCAUUCUUCCACCAUUUCCCACGAGGCGUCUCCCAUUCUGAAUCUGAGUCAAGUUUCAGAAAUCUCUCUCUCAGGUUGUAAAUUGAAAAGGCAAAAAUGGUGAAGAUCUGUUGCAUUGGUGCCGGAUAUGUUGGAGGGCCUACAAUGGCGGUUAUUGCACUGAAGUGCCCAUCAAUUGAAGUGGCUGUUGUGGAUAUCUCUGUGGCUCGGAUCACUGCCUGGAACAGUGACCAGCUCCCGAUCUACGAGCCAGGUCUUGAUGGCGUCGUUAAGGAGUGCCGAGGCAGGAACCUCUUCUUCAGCACUGAUGUGGAGAAACAUGUCUUUGAGGCUGAUAUUGUUUUUGUCUCAGUCAACACUCCCACAAAAACUAGGGGUCUUGGUGCUGGUAAAGCUGCAGAUCUAACAUACUGGGAGAGCGCUGCUCGUAUGAUUGCCGAUGUAUCGAAAUCUGACAAGAUUGUAGUUGAGAAAUCAACUGUCCCGGUUAAAACUGCCGAAGCAAUUGAAAAGAUCCUUACCCAUAACAGCAAAGGAAUAAAAUUCCAAAUUCUCUCAAACCCUGAAUUCCUUGCUGAGGGGACUGCUAUUAAGGAUCUCUUUAACCCAGACCGUGUCCUCAUUGGAGGGAGGGAGACCCCGGAAGGUCAGAAGGCCAUCGCUGCGCUGAAGGCUGUUUACGCUCAUUGGGUACCUGAAGACCGGAUUCUCACUACCAAUCUUUGGUCUGCUGAGCUCUCCAAGCUUGCUGCCAAUGCUUUCUUGGCUCAGAGAAUCUCAUCCGUUAAUGCCAUUUCAGCUCUCUGUGAAGCCACUGGUGCAAAUGUUUCACAGGUAGCCUAUUCUGUCGGAACGGAUUCGAGAAUUGGACCCAAGUUCCUCAAUGCCAGUGUUGGUUUUGGUGGAUCUUGCUUCCAGAAGGACAUCUUAAAUCUGGUGUACAUCUGCGAGUGCAAUGGCCUUCCAGAGGUAGCAGAGUACUGGAAACAGGUGAUCAAGAUCAAUGAUUACCAGAAGAACCGUUUCGUUAACAGGGUCGUCGCCUCUAUGUUCAACACGGUUUCAAACAAGAAGAUUGCCAUCCUGGGUUUCGCAUUCAAGAAAGACACCGGUGACACGAGGGAGACCCCCGCCAUCGAUGUGUGCAAGGGACUCUUGGGAGACAAGGCACGGUUGAGCAUCUACGAUCCUCAGGUCACCGAGGAUCAGAUCCAGAGGGACCUCACACUCAGCAAGUUCGAAUGGGACCAUCCUACUCAUCUGCAGCCAAUGAGCCCCACAACUGUUAAGCAAGUGAGCGUCGUCUGGGACGCCUACGAAGCAACAAAGGAAGCUCAUGCAGUCUGCAUCCUGACCGAGUGGGACGAGUUCAAGAAUCUCGACUACAAGAGGGUAUAUGACAACAUGCAGAAACCUGCAUUCAUCUUCGAUGGCCGAAAUGUCGUUGACGCAGAUAAGCUGCGUGAUAUCGGGUUCAUCGUCUUCUCGAUCGGAAAGCCUCUCGAUCCAUGGCUGAAGGACAUGCCCGCUGUGGCUUAGACUUGCAGGUCCGCUUCCUUCAAUAGCCUUCCUCUUUGCACGGCAACAAAACCAGUUGGUGGAUUCUUUUACUAAAAUUUUAAUGUAUUUUUGUUGGUUUAUUUUCUUUCAUUUCCUCAUCAUAUUUUCUGUCGGGACUCUUUUUGAAGGUUUGAGACCAUAUGUUUUGCCUUCACAUUGUCCUAGAACCUAUCUUUUAUCUUCCCAUAAAAAUUUUUGUUAGAAAUUUCAUUACAUUUUUGUUUGCUUUUAUAAAUCAAAAUCAUAUGUUGCUCA